AUGGGCUUCUUCUCUUUUCUCGACGCGUUCCGCAGCACACCWCGGUCAAAGGAUCAAACCAUUCCGCUCGAAUCGCCUCCUCGACAACGCAAGGUCUUCCAGGAAUCAAGCAGCAGACACCAUGGUGGUCAUGGAUCAAGGGCAGCAAUUGUGACUUCACCGACCUCGAAUGAUGCAUCAACCAAGCGGAGAAGCAUGUCCAGGCGACGCAGUUGGUUUGGAGGGAAGCCGGACGCCGACGAGGACGUCCMUGCGAUGCCUACACUCGUUCGUACCGACUACAACCACACCGGAGGUAUCAAAGCCCCCACCAUCGGCCGAGCCACUCGAACAAAUGGUUCAGACUAUGUCCAACUACAAGACGAUAAACGAGAUAGACGGACAUCCACCUUCGUGUCCCGACAAAACGUCAGGACAAUCGGAGCCCUACCACCAAUGCCAACGACCGCCAACUUAGCAAUGGCGCCAGCAACAUCAACCCUGCCUGCUGAACAACGACGGAGCAGGAGGCAAUCGACUGCGAGGUCACACCACCGAAGCAACAGUCAAUGCAGCACAAAGUCAAGAAGAAAGUCUCGAGGGUUCUGGGCGUCUUCCAACCCGGAUGAUGAGGGAGAAGAUGUGCCUCCAGUUCCAGCACUCUAUCAUGGUGGCUCUCCUGCUUCGACCCAUAACGAUCCUUUCGACGAUGAACCCAGAGGUAGAGUUCGAACUUAUACAAAUGGAGAGGGCCCCAAACAACCCAGACCAGUCAGUACAGCUUCCAGGAGAUCAUAUGUGCCAAGAUCCGCUGCAUCAGGGUUUUUGAAGUCCACGAACGGCGCAUCUGAGAACCAGCGCAAGAGCURUCGAAGAUCGUUCAACCUGGGAGAAGGUGUUGAACUUGUUUGCGUGACUGACGAGCACCGAGUCGAGUGGGAAAAGCUCAUGAACAAACACGCMAAGAUGGACGACAGUGUGUUUGAUUCUAAUGAUUCAGACGAGCCAGACAAUAAAAACCGCUUCUCGAAUGCACAGGCUUUGGCGGCUUUGGAGUUCGGCACUCGCCCUUGA